CCAAACAGAAACGAACGAGCGCCGCCGCCCUACCGCCGCCCAUCCGUGACUCGCGGCCUCGGUCUCGCCACUCCCCCGUCUCCAGGCUCGGCGGCUCACCGGCGCACCGCCGCCCAUCCAACCCCAGCAACCAGCCCUAGCGACUCGCGGCGCCCCGGCCUGCGGGCUGCGACCUGGCCGGCCUCCUCCGCUGCCUGCCCGCCUCCACCGCUCGCUAGGCUUCAUCCUAGCCGCUGGCGCAACGGCGUUGUAUCCCCCUCCUCCCCGGCCCGUUCCUCCGCUUCGCCACCGCCUCGCCCCGACAUGACUGGGUCAUCUAAGAAGCAUGAGCUCAAAUCUAAGGAAAAAUUGGAAAAGAAGCUCAGCUUUUACACAAAAGUAAAAGAUACCGUUGCUUCCUUAAAUGCUAAGAAGACUAUCAGUAAGAAAAAGAACCAGAGUCGUCGUCAGAAAAAACUGAAAGCAUAUGAUCUCUCAGCACUCUCCGAGUUCCUUCCAGAACCAACUGAACCUGAGCACAAAACUGAUGCGAAGCUGAACUGCAAGUCAAGACAGGCUUUAGUGCUACGAGAGUCUGCUCACCUGAAAGCUGUACUGAACAACCCGCAGUUCCAGCUUGACCCGUUUGCCGCGAUCCACCAGCACCUGCUAGCAACACAGCCACCUGCGGCUGCAAAGAAGGACGAUGACGCCAAGCAUGGAAAGGAUUCCAAGGACAAGAAAAGGAUGAGGAAGAAGAAGAGCACUUCGUCUAGCUCCCAAGCAAUGGAUAUCUGAUGCUGUGACAUUGCUAUUGCAGUGAUACACUUGAUUUUUUAUCGGUUGUAAUUUUGUACGGAGGCGACCUCCCAAGUUUCGUUGGAACUUCAGUGGUUGAACUUGGGGAUGUUUGAUAUGGAUGUAUGUCAAAAUUUGGCACCAGUAGAUCUAUAUCUGCUAAUCAUUUUCA